CUUCGGUGAUAUGCCGUAUAUUUCCCUCGACCCGCGAAGCAACCCGCCGAAACCGCGUUAUAGCGUAUUCGUUCGCUAAACUGUUAGGUUGCUUCCCCGAGAAGAAACGAUCACCAACUAUCCGCCAAUCGGGUCCCAUUCCAAUAAUUCUUCUCGAAAUCAUCUAGCCGAUCGGAUUGGCUUCUUCGAUUGACAUGCAAGAGGCGGAAUCGCACGAUCUUUCUGACGAUUCCGACUACGCAGCCUUGCAAGAACAGCAGUCUUCCAUGAAUAACCAGCAGACAAAUGAUGAUCUGGGUGACCCAAAUGGAGCUGAAGUGGUUUAUUUGAAGGAUAAUGUCACUAUCCAUCCAACCCAGUAUGCAUCUGAUCGGAUAAGUGGGCGAUUACGUCUAAUCAAGCGAGGUUCUUCCUUGUUCAUGACAUGGAUUCCCUACAAGCUGAGCACCAGUGGUCUCCCUUCUAUAAAGCAGGGCACCAGCACCAGGAAACUAGAGAAAGAUAGAAAUCUUUAUACUAUCAAGGCAGUCCCACUAACAGAUGUUAGAUCUAUUCGUCGGCAUACUCCAACCUUUGGCUGGCAAUACAUUAUUGUGGUAUUGAAAUCUGGCGUUGCAUAUCCAAAUCUGUACUUCUACAAUGGAGGUGUGCGUGAAUUUCUUGGGGCUUUAAAGCAGCAUGUCUUUCUUGCUAGGUCUGCAGAUGAUGCAAAUGUUUUCCUUGUAAAUGAUUUUCAGGACCCUUUUCAGCGAAGCCUUUCUUCUUUGGAACUCCCAAGGAUUGUUACAGUUACAAAGGGAGCAUCUGCACUUAACUUGGUUAAUUCAGUUGAACAUGCAAAGGAGACCACCAGUCUGGGCAGCAAUGAAGGGAAUGUCUUUACCUCAGAAGACACUCGAGUCCUACAUCAAAAGAAUCGUGAUCCUGCUCGUGAUCUUUCAAUUCAAGUUUUGGAGAAAUUUUCUCUCGUCACAAAGUUUGCACGUGACACAACGUCUCAUUUGUUUCGUGAAAGUCAAUUUCUUGAUGGUGGUGAUUAUCAAAGACCACAGUUAAACCAGCCUACUCCUGUUACCACUUCUGUUGCACCCAGUGGCACAGGAAAUCUUGCCGAGGAUCCUAAGAUUUAUGGUGAUCUUACAUUGAAUUCAGAGCCAUCUGAUAUUAAUGAAUUAUCACUAGUUUGGGGUAAGCCUAGGCUGCCUCCUCUGGGAUCUGAAGAGUGGAUGACAUUCUUGGACUCUGAAGGGCGGAUAGUGGAUUCAAAAGCUUUAAGGAAACGGAUUUUUUAUGGAGGAAUGGAGAAGAAUUUACGUAAAGAGGUUUGGAAACUUUUAUUAGGAUACCAUGAGUAUGAUUCAACAUAUGCUGAGCGUGAAUAUCUUGCUGCCAUGAAGAAGUCAGAGUAUGAAAAAAUUAAAGGCCAGUGGCAGAGUAUAUCUCCUGCACAAGCAAAAAGAUUCACCAAGUAUAGGGAACGCAAAAGCCUUAUUGAGAAGGAUGUGGUACGAACCGAUAGAACAAGCUCAUUUUAUGAUGGAGAUGAUAAUCCAAAUGUCUCUCUAUUAAGGGAUAUCUUGUUGACCUACUCAUUCUAUAAUUUCGAUCUUGGUUACUGUCAGGGUAUGAGUGAUUUCUUAUCUCCGAUACUGUACAUUAUGGAAGACGAAUCAGAAUCAUUUUGGUGCUUUGUUGCCUUGAUGGAUCGUUUAGGUCCAAAUUUCAACCGUGAUCAGAAUGGAAUGCAUUCUCAACUUUUGGCACUCUCAAAGCUGGUAGAGCUCCUAGAUGGACCUUUACACAGUUACUUGAAGCAAGCGGAUUGCUUAAACUACUUCUUUUGUUUCCGGUGGAUCCUAAUUCAGUUCAAAAGGGAAUUUGAGUAUGAAGAAACAAUGCGCUUGUGGGAGGUCUUGUGGACACAUUACUUGUCUGAACACUUUCACUUGUACAUAUGUGUUGCCAUUCUUAAAAGAUACCGCAAGAAAAUCGUAGAUGAACAGAUGGAUUUUGACACGCUGCUGAAGUUCAUCAAUGAACUCAGUUGCCACAUUAACCUUGAGAGAACUCUUAGAGAUGCAGAAGCUUUAUGUAUUUGUGCUGGAGAAAAUGGGGCCGCCUGUAUUCCCCCGGCACCACCUUCCUUGCCUGUUGAAAGUGGCCUAUUUGAUGCAUCUUGCUGAUGGUAUGACGAUUUGAAUUUUCAUGUAAAGUUCUUUCUAUUUUUGGGUAAUUUUUUUUAUUCAUGCUAACGUAAUUGAGCAGCUAUGCUGCUAGUGUCCAUGUAUAUGUGCAAGUUGCUAGCACGCCUACAAACAAAACUGCGUGCUUUUCUAGUUAUGGAAGUUAUCCUUAUUGUGGAUGAAAA